AUUAGAUAUGUACCCAAACAUCAAUAUGACUACUUCACCAGGAACUUACCCAGGAAUCUCAAUGUUUACAGGACAAGAACCAACACUUCAUCCACUGAACACAGUUGCAAGAUCUCUUGGAAACCUCCAAGACUUGCAAAGCCUUCUCAGUGGCUAUUGAGUCUGUGACAUGCAGUUGCAGACAGGAAUGGCACAGCCAGAGCAAUGGGGGAUCCCUCAGCAAUACAUCCACCCAGGCCUCGACUCCAAGAGACUCGAAGAGAACAGAGUUGACCCCAAAAUCCUCUCUCUCUACUCCAACAUCAAAGACAACAAGUCCAAGACCGUGAGUGCAAAGGCCGACAAAGUGUUCAUGUGUUCAUUCGGCAACUGCAGAAAAGUCUUCUACAAAAAGUGGAACUUCAGCCUCCACAUGAAGAUGCACUACAAGAUCAAACAGUUCAAGUGCCAGGCAUGCGGGAAAGAGUUCACUCAGAAGUGCAACUACAACAAGCACAUGAAGACACACAGUCGUCCUUAAUUCCUAAAAUUUCAAUCAAC